AUGGCAACAAAAUACGAGAAACGUGUCCGCGCCCCCGUCGCCGAGCUGCCAUCGUAUAUUCCCACAGUGCCUGUCUUGGAGAAUGAACAAAGCCUGAAUGCUGCUGGAGAAGCCCAGGCCUUUCUGCAGUCUUUCUCUAGGGCUGUAGGCAAACAAGACUGGGAAGCCUUUGGCAGUCUCUUCUGCGAUGGCUGUUUCUGGAAAGACAGCUUGACCCUGACUUUCGACAAGCGGACUUUGUCCGGGAGAGACAAGAUUGUUGCAGCGUGGAAGACACUCUCCGAGACCCGGAAGCCCACAGUCUUUACCUCUAAGCAAGAGUAUGGACUCGGGAUUGAACCGAAAUUCGAGCGCCUUUCUCCGACAUUGGCAUCCCUAGAUGUGCCCUUCUGCUUCACCACUGACAAUCCCAAAUCCAACAAUAUUGGCCUUGUCAAGCUGAUCCCCGAAGGUGGCCAAUGGAAGAUCUGGGUACUGUCUACCGACGUUGUUUCUCUCACAGAACACCCGUUUGAAACCCUUCCACGGAAAACCCCGUCAUCAGUUCCAGCCUCUCAAAGAGGUAAAGCUCAAGCGCAGGGUCUGCCACACCUGCAAGGCGUCUUGGAUGUCGUCGUAAUUGGGGCCAGUUGCAGUGGGUUAGCGAAUACUAUCAUGCUCGACUCUAUUGGGGUGAAUGUUGCCGCUUUUGAAACCUACCCUGUCGCUUGUGGUAACUGGUCGGGUAACGGAAAAGACUAUGUAACCAUUCAUCAUAACAAGCUCAUGGUAGCUUUGCCAGGAUUCCCUGUCCCUGAAGAUUAUCCAGAAUAUCUACCGGGCCGAGACUUCACAAGAUACGCAUCGAGCGCUGUCGAGGCGCUCAAACUGCCAUUAUUCUGUGGAGUCAAGGUAGUGAGAAACAAUUGGGAUGAGACCGCUGGUCUGUGGAAGGUGGUGAUCCAAGAUGUAGAAACAAAGGAAGAAGAAACAGUAGAAGCCAAGAACAUUGUCAUAUCAACCGGCUUCCUAAUAUCCCCAGAGAACCCAGGCUUCCCCAACAUAUCGGACCGCAAUCUGUUCCAGGGUGUCGUCCAACACGCGGCGGAAUAUGGCACAGCCGAGCAAUAUGUUGGCAAGGAUGUCGUGGUCGUUGGCUCAGGGAAUUCGGCUCACGACAUAGCACGCAGCCUUGUCCAUGGGCAUGCUAAGAGCGUAACCAUGCUACAACGCAGUCCGACGAUUCUCAGUAGCCAUGAAGCCAUAAAACCUAUCAUCGAGGCACGAUACCAGGGCAAUAUGCCCGUUGCGACAGCGGACUUCUUGCAACAAUCGCUGCCUACUGGAAUUGCUCGAGAUGUGUCCCGGGGGAUGAUAUCCAUGGUGAUGAAAUCGCAACCUGACCUUCUAGCUCGUCUUGAAAGCAAGGGAUACAUGCUCAAAAAGGACGCUUGCAUGGUCACCCUUGUAUACGAGCAUCGCGGCCACGCAACUUACAUGGAUCAGCUGAGGACGUUUGAUCUUGUGUUUGAGGACAAGAUCAAGAUAGCGCGGGGUGAUGCUCGCAAAUUUGUUCCAGACGGCAUCGUCGCGUUCGACAAGGAUCAAGGGAAAGAAGUUGUUUUAAAAGCCGACGGUGUUGUCCUUGCCACUGGAUACCGCGAUGUAGAUCUUCCAGACCGGUAUGCACAGACGGGCUUCCUUGACAGUAGAUCGGCUGCCAUGAUCGAGAACGUUAGCGAAGCAGGUGUGGAUGUAGAAGGGGAGAUGCCAGGCUAUUUCACACACUCGGGGCAUCCGCACCUCUACUUUGGUGGAUACGCAAUUAUAAAUAACCGCUGGGUUUCGAGACUUACUGCAAUUCAAGUCAUGGCCGACAUUGCUGGGAAAUUUCCAUCCAGGUACGCGCGUGAAUGA